AGCAGCAGCAGCAGUAGCAGCAGUAGCAACAGCAGCAGUAGCAGCAGCAGCAGCAGCAGCAGUAGCAGCAGCAGCAGUAGUAGUAGUAGUAGUAAUAGUAGUAGUAGUAGUAGUAGUAGUAGU